AUGGAUUUCAUCCAUGGGUCUCUGUCUUUUCAAGUUGCCUCAAAGGAGGUCUUGGGCUUCAAGAGAUUUCUUCAGAUGAGAAAACUUGCUUCUGCAGAGGAAGACAGUUUGAUGAGAGUGUUCUGGGAAGGUGCAUUUGAAUGUUCUUUCUCCAAUGCCAUGUUAGAGGAAGAUGCUGAGAAGAAAUGCACUGGUGAGGAGUCCCUGGAGAACCUUCCUAAGUCAGUUUUUGAGACCGUUAUGACUGGUCAGAGUUACAGUGUCUACAAUGCAGUCCUUGCUGUGGCACAUGCUUUGCAGGCCAUGCUCUCAUCCAAAUACAAACUCCAGGCAAGAGAAUAUGGCUCAAAACUUAAGAGGUUGGAUCAAUAUGUGUGGCAGCUUCAUAAAUACCUGAGAACUGUUUCAUUUAACAACAGUGCUGGGGAAAAGGUUUUCUUUGAUCAAAAUGGGGAAAUAGCAACUGGCUUUGAUGUCAUCAACUGGGUCACUUUCCCCAACCAAUCCUUCCAUCAAGUCAAAGUUGGGAAGGUAGAUCCAUUUGCUCCCCCAAACAAGCUGCUCUCCAUUACUGCAGAGAACAUGAUCUGGCCCACCAUGUUCAACCAGGCACAGCCUGUUUCUGUGUGCAAUGCUCAUUGCUCAUCAGGUUAUAGCAGAAUAAAAAGAGAAGGAGAGCCAUUUUGCUGCUAUGAUUGCCUUCCAUGUCCAGAAGGGAAGAUUUCAAACAAGACAGAUGCAGAUGACUGCUUCCCAUGUUCAGAAGAUCACUACACAAACAAAGCUCACAAUCUUUGCCUUCCAAAACACAUCACUUUUUUGUCUUAUGAAGAAUCUCUGGGAAUCAGCCUGACAGCUAUAGCUUUCUUCUUUUCUCUUAUCUCAGCUGUGGUGCUGGGGAUCUUCAUUAAACAGCAGGACACUCCCAUUGUCAAAGCCAACAACCGGAACCUCACCUACAUUCUUCUCAUUGCCCUCCUGCUCUCCUUCCUUUGCACCUUACUCUUCAUUGGCCAACCAGACCAAAUAAAAUGCCUCUUGCGACAAACAGCUUUUGGCAUCAUCUUCUCUGUAGCCCUUUCCUGUAUAUUGGGGAAAACAACCAUUGUGGUUCUUGCUUUCAUGGCCACCAAGCCAGACUCCCAAAUGAGGAAAUGGGUAGGCAAAAGGCUGGCCAACACUAUGGUCCUUUCUUGCUCCCUGUUGCAAUUCAUAAUCUGUAUGGUGUGGUUGACAAUUUCUCCCCCAUUCCCAGAUUCAGAUAGACAUUCAAUGGCUGAAGAAAUUGUCCUGCAGUGUAAUGAAGGUUCAGCCACAAUGUUUUAUAUUGUCCUUGGCUUUAUGGGGUGCUUGACUUCUAUCAGCUUCACUGUGGCUUUCCUUGCUAGGAAUUUACCUGACAGCUUCAACGAAGCCAAAUUUAUCACCUUCAGCAUGUUGGUCUUUUGUAGCGUCUGGGUAUCGUUUGUUCCCACCUCUCUGAGCACCAAGGGGAAGUACGUGGUGGCUGUGGAGAUCUUCUCCAUUUUGGCUUCUGCAGCUGGAUUACUGGGCUGUAUCUUUUCCCCCAAAUGCUACAUUAUUGUUCUGAGGCCUGAUCUGAAUAGAAAGGAACAACUGAUGAGGAAACAAAACUGA